CUUGACAUAUCAGUGUGUCUUGUUAUAAUGAGAACAGUUGGUAGUUAAAGAGUUGUUUCUCUUUUUGAGUUGUGUUCCACCCUACGGAUAAUCAAUGGAGAAAAUAACUGAGAAACUUCUACUGGAGAAAGGCUCUCCACAAACCAAACAACUGGAGCAAAUCAAGACACUGAAUCUAUCUAAGCUGGGGCUAAAGGUUCAGGACUUGCCAGUCAAGCUGCUCUCCCGUCUCCAGUCCCUCGAGCGAUGGGAUCUGUCUGGGAACGGACUGCAGGAGUUGCCCAAGAACCUGAAGCUGCCUGCACUUCGCUACCUGGACCUCAGCGACAACCAGAUGGAGGAUGUUACAACUCUGGAGUCUCUAAGCAGUCUGGAAGAGCUCAAGACGGAGGACAACCUUUAUAUCACUGUGAGUGAUAAUUACAAGCUGAUGGUGUUGUUGCCCAACCUGAGGAUUCACAACGGUAAAGAUAUCGGUGCUAAUGCCCUCCACCUGCGCGGCGUCUACAGUGAGGUCCUGAGGACGAGGAUAAUUGCACUUUGGGAGAAGAGCUUCACUCUCCCGGAUCCCAUGACAGCAGAGAAAAUGUCCACCUUGGAGACAAACUUUGUCAACACUGCCCGUCAACAGAUUAAAUUUGGACCCAGUUCAGUCACUGACUUCACCAAAUGGAAGGUGGAGAUUCUCGCUAAGGAGUUCCUGCGUUCUCUGACAGAACCAAAGACGGAACCGGAGAGCAGCGAGUCUACUGAUAAAAAAGAGAACUGUGAAAUCUCUACUCCCACGAAGAGGAAAAAUACCACAUCAGAAAUGGACACCAACAUAAGCCUGAUGCCUCGCAAAAGGCUGCGUGCAGAUCUCCCAGUCUCACCAGCUGGAGACAGUCCUCGCAAAUCUAGCCUCCGCCUCAAACCUCUGACUCAGGCCGACACUGUCAGGAUGAGCCCCCGCAAGACAGUUCAGCCUCCCUCUACCCCCACCAGAGGGCAGACACGGGCAGAGACACCCAGAAGAGCCUCAAAGGUGCCACAAACCACAGAAGAUGGAGCUCAGAUAAAACAGAAGGAAGAUGUCAACAAAAAAGCCACAAAACUGCAGAGAGACACUGAUAUGCUGCCUACAUUACAGAGCUGCAGCAAGACACAGCCACUGUGUCUGAAGCCUCUGCAUGUCCUCCAGUGCCACAGUAAACAGGACAACUCUGAGGAUUUCUCCACCCAGCUGUGGGCCUGUGCUUUCCAGCCGCUGCCAGAUUCCACCGGUGGAGGAAGCCGUUUGGUUGCAACCUGUGGUGGAGACUCACUCUGUGUGAUUGACUGUGAAACGGGGAUGGUGAUGAAGAAGUACAAAGUUCAUGGGGAGGAGUUCUUCUCGCUGUCCUGGUCCACAGUGAUGAUGUCCAGGGGAGGCGGGGCCUCGGCUCAACAUUGCAGCAUCCUGGCGGCAGGUGGAAAGAGAGGACUGGUCAAAUUGAUCCACCCCAGAAACAACGUAGCCUACGGGGAGUUCAGAGCCAGCCGCAAGGCGCUGUCUGUCCUCCGCUUCAACCACCACCAGGGAAACUUCCUCUUCACGGGAUCAUACGAUAACAAGAUAGUAAUGUGGGACAUCGGUGGAGUGGACAGCCAGUACAACUUCAAAGUUGUUCAGCUGCUGGUGUUGGAGAUCAGUGCCACCCCCCUGCACAUCUGCCUCGCUCCCACUUCCCCCAGCACUCAGGUACUGACUGCCUGUGAGGAUGGCCUGUACUGCUUCAACACACAGCUCGGUACCAACAACAGCACAAAAAGUCGGUCCAAGGAGAUGGAGAUAACUUUCCCCAUAUAUAAGAAGGAAGACAAAGACCACGACUACCACACCGUUGACGGCCUGAGUUUUCUUACUGAUGACAUAGUGGCCUCCAAAAACUACAUGCAUGGUUCCAUUUACCUGUGGAGCUGGAGCAGGACCAAGGCUCAGCGGCCUGACAAGAAGAGCAUGACAGUGUGUGCUGUGGUUCUCGCUGAGCUGCAGUGGACCAACACUGAGAUUCCCUACCUGGCGCUCAACACCUGUCCGGGCCAAGCCUACAUAGUGUGUGGUGACGACAAAGGCAGGCUGUGGACGUACCACGUCACCAAACUGCAGAAAAACAGUUUCCAGAUGGGGAAACCCAUACUGCCCACUGAGGUGUUAGAGUGGCCGAUGCCGGUAAGGAAGGGCCUCAGCCAAGUAGAGGGCCCCUCCAUCAACAGCGUAGCAAUGGACCCUGAGCUACGCUACCUGGUGGCCCUCAGUGACAAGAAUAUGGUGAUAGUGUGGAAACGGGAGGAGUCCUCCUGAGCAGCACAGCCAUGAGACUGUGAAGUGACUUAAAGGAAGUCAGGCAGAUCCUAAGGGUUUUUGUACUGGAAAAAAAGCGAGUACCAAAUGUUGGUAUUUGUGAGGUAGUACUUCAGAUGCAGUACUGAAAAUGUGACGGACCAUUACCUAACUCGUAUGUCAGAAUAAACAACCAAACUGGGUGUUUUUCUGAAACAAUACACAUACACCUCUGUCUAACAGAGACAGACUGACAGAUCCUCUCUGAGAUCUUGUUCUUUGAUCAUUUUCUUCCGUUUUUGUGGAGAAAGUGGCUUUUAUGAUGCUGCUGCUGCUGCAGUUACAUCUGUCAGCAAGUAGCAGCCAGAUAGGUUGAAGGUUUACAGUAACAAUAUUCUUUAUUUUCUAUAUGAAAAUAUCUCAUGUUGAGAAGUAAAACUUUUAAUUUGCAGAAUUUUAUAGUGAAGAGUCACUACUGUAGGUGAUUAGUAGUAUAAACAAGGCAAGAGAAUUACUGAU